AUGCAUCCUUCUGCCGCUCGUUUGCUCAAUAUUCUCGUUCCUGUGAAGCGUGCGGUCGACUAUGCGGUCAAGAUCCGGGUCAAUGCUCAACAGACGGGUGUGGAUUUGAACGUGAAGCAUUCCAUGAACCCAUUCGAUGAAAUAGCGGUGGAAGAGGCCAUUCGGAUACGCGAACGACUAAAGGAAACAGUGAAAUCCAUCAAGGCGGUAACAAUUGGCCCACCCAAAUCUAUCGAUACUCUUCGUACAGCUCUCGCUAUGGGUGCCGACUCCGCAUUUCACGUCGAGAUCCCCGAGUCUGCACCGUCACCGGAACCUCUCGGAGUAGCCAAGACUCUUCGUGCUAUCAUUGAAAAGCAAAAAGAAGCUGGGGGCGUUGACCUAGUCAUUCUGGGGAAACAGGCUAUUGAUGACGAUUCCGGACAAACCGGGCAGAUGUUAGCCGGUCUUUUAGGCUGGGGUCAGGCGACAUACGCAAGCAAGGUCGACAUCGACGCCGAGGGCAAGGUAGCAACAAUACUUCGUGAAAUUGAUGGUGGUUCCGAAGAGCUGAAAUGUCGGUUACCCCUCGUAAUUACAACAGAUCUAAGGUCACCGCGUUACGCUUCGCUACCCAACAUUAUGAAGGCUAAGAAGAAGCCAGUAGAGAAACUAAAAGCCGAAGAUCUCGGUGUAGACUUGACGCCUCGUCUCGAGACUGUAAAGGUCGCGGAGCCUCCUAAGCGCGUUGGUGGCGGAAGGGUUGGGUCUGUGGACGAGUUGGUGACGAAACUAAAAGAGGCAGGUUUCACCGCUGUAUGA